AUGCCCCCACGCUCCACCGCCCAGAAACGCUUGCUCAAGGAAUCCUCCCCUGGCGUCGUGGCUGGCCCACUUUCUGAGGACGACUUGUUCGUGUGGGACUGUCUUCUUGAAGGACCCGUUGAAACCCCAUACGAAAACGGCGUGUUUUCUGCCACGCUCAAGUUCCCGCUGGACUACCCGUUGAGCCCUCCUCUGCUCACCUUCACGCCGCCGUUGCUCCAUCCAAAUAUCUACGCCGACGGAAACGUGUGCAUCAGUAUCUUGCACCCUCCUGGUGAAGACCCCAACCAGUACGAAAGACCCGAGGAGCGCUGGCUGCCGGUGCAGAGUAUCGAGAAGAUCUUGUUGAGUGUGAUUUCGAUGUUGGCCGAGCCCAAUCCCGAGAGCGGUGCUAACAUUGACGCUUGCAAGUUGUGGAGAGACCACCGGGAGGAGUACGACAGGCAGGUGCGUAACCAUGUCCGGAAGACGCUUGGGCUUCAGUAG